UGGAAGUUCCUCGCCCAAGCUGCCGCGCGUCCUAUUGGAGUCGGCUCUCCACAUUUCAUGCGGGCUUCAAAAAUGGUCCUGGGCAGCCGGGGAGCGAAGAGAGGACGGGAAACUCUGGCUGGCCGUGAGCAGUAGCGCGGCGGAGACAGCUAUCCCUCCUAGCGGAGCCUCACACAGCCUGUCCUUUCGGAGCGGAGAGUCAACGACUUUUGGUCUGACUUCGGCGCUGCUUGGAAUAGAGCCGUUUUUCUAACGGGGCCGCCUCCGUCCAGGGGUAAAGCGCGCCUCCUCGGGGCUAAGUCUGCUUAUUCAGCGCGGCUGCCUUUCCCUGCCGGAGAUGCUGCGAGCAGACGGGAUGUCCGAAGCAACAACCCUCGGGGCAGCCCGAGGACGCGCUCGGUGCUGAAGGAGGGGCCGGACGGAGCUUCGGCUGCUCUUUUGAGGCGUUCGCCUCACCUGUCCAAAAACCCCUUUUCCUCCCCAUGUGGGAUUCUUUCUCCGGGAGUCUUUCGACGUGAGCGCCGGAACGCGAGGCGAGAAGCACACCUGCCCCAUGGAGUUCCCGAAUGGGGCGGCCGUCCCGUAGCUGGAGCAGAGCGUGAACCCCGAGCAAGCCUGGCUCUCCCCCUCCCACAUUUUUAUUAGACACCCUGCUUCCCCCCCCCCCACUCCCCUUUCUUCGGCAGAAUGGUCUCUGUCCCGAGGUCGAUCGAGUCUAUCGCUCCCAUAUCAGGGCUGCUGCCAUUCCUCGCCAUCCUUUCGACGAGACUGUCAGGAGGAGAUAACCGUCGGGGCAAUCGGAAAGUGCACUAAUCCAUCGUCCUCGGUCAGAGUUUGCACCCCCUACACUCCCCCCCCCCCCACAAUUUUUUUUCCUUUUAAAGAAGAAGAUCGGGAGCCGUUUCUCAGAGACAGGUAUUUCUGCUGCUCUUCUGCACCCUCUUCCCCCUCCCUACGUCUCCUCCGCCUCCUCCCCCAAAGGACACUAGACGAGAACUUUUACAGGGUUACUAUGCAAUUGCGACUGGUUUCUUGGUUCUUUAUCACUUGGAACUUAAUGGAAUACGUUGGCGGCCAGGAGCACCCUUCCAGAGUCCGACGACAGGGAAGAAUGCAUCGCAAUAUGAGCCAAGCUUGUCAAGGAGGAUGUGCAACAUGUUCUGAAUACAAUGGAUGCAUGUCAUGUAAACCUAGACUCUUCUUUUUCCUGAAGAGGAUUAGCAUGAAACAGAUUGGGGUGUGUCUUUCAUCCUGUCCUCCUGGGUAUUUUGGACAACGAUCCCCAGAACGAAAUGAGUGCAUGAAAUGUAAAGCUGAUUGUGAAGCCUGCUUUAAUCAAAAUUUCUGUACGAAAUGUAAAAAUGGAUUUUACUUACACCUUGGAAAGUGCCUUGAAAACUGCCCUGACUGGCUGGAACCAAACAAUCACACUAUGGAAUGCAAUGAUAUUGUGCAUUGUAAAAUUAAUGAAUGGAGCCAGUGGAGUCCUUGCACAAAGAACGGAAAAGCGUGUGGUUUCAAAAGAGGAAAUGAAACAAGGGUCAGAGAAAUCCUACAGCUUCCUUCAACAAAGGGCAAAUUAUGCCCACAUACAAGUGAAACAAGAACAUGUGUUGUACAAAAAAAGAAUUGCCAGAAAGGAGAAAAAGAGAGAAAAAGGGACAGACAAAAAAACCCAAAGAGAGAAGAAAACAAAGAAACCAGUCAGGAAAACAGAGGCCAAGAAUCCAGAAGGCAGGGCAGAGAUCCAGCGAAAAAAAAGAAAAUGCAACCGAAGAAGAGAAGCCGCCAGAAUAAACAGCAAAAACUAGUUGCCAUCAGCACUGCACACUAACCGCCUUACACCACUGUUUAAGACUAUUGCUGCUGCUAUCACCACCAGACCCCCAGGGUCAGUGUUCCCCAAUUAUCACCAAUAGACAAUAUUACAAGUUAUACUUAAACAACAUUCCAGUACUUACUAUAUUCUUCAUGCAGUCACAGUUUAAUCGGAAGACUGACAUGAAGCAAGAUUUUGUUUAGUUUUUUUUUCUUUAAAUGGGAUGCACACUCAACCUUAUAUUACAUUCUUCCAUGCAUCUCUUAAAGAUGGUACUGCCUGGUUGAUCUUGUCAGGCUUGGAAGCUCAGCAGGGUGCGGCCUGGCUAAGUUCUACAAGAUUGGCAAAGUGGUAAGUAAAACUGGGAAGUCAUUAAAAAAAUCCCAAAAGAAGGAAAUGGUAAACCAAUUCCAUACUCUUGCUGAGGAAGCUACGUGGAUGUGUCCCUGAAGUCACCAGGAAUCAAGUGGAUUCAAAGAGACUAGCUUUUAUCUCUAAGGGUCAAUUUAGAAGCUUGUAUAUAAUUAUCAAUAUGGUAUAAGGUAUAACAAUAUAUUGGAUGACUACUUUUUCUUCUGUAAAGUAUUUUUUCAACUCAUUCUUUAUGACGCAAAAAAUAUCUGGUAAAAGAUACAGUAUCCCUAGGUGCAUCAUUAUAGUAUAUAUGUUGCAUAAAGAGAAGGAAGAAGAAAAUAUUUUAAGAACUGAAUAUUCAAUACUACAGUCUUAUCAGAAUUACGUUCACUGGAUUUCGCCACAGAUUCAUAUUAGAAAUUCCAGACUGAAGAUCUCCAAGAUCUGAAGCAAAGGCACAAAAGAAAUGGAAGCCUCAGUAAACAUGUUGCAAAUACAAGCUUUAGAUAGCACUAUUAUUUGCAAGAUAGCAGAAUAUUUUCUGUUGGAACCUUGGUAAUACAGCUGUUCUAUGCUUUAUAUCAUUCUUGUAACUGAAAUCUUCCAGUGACUUGACAAAUCAUAUGGGGGGGGGGGGAAGCAAAACACUGAGAUAAUAAAGAACAGAGAUGGGAGAUCACACAAAUCGGACAUUUGCACUGAUGACUUUUUCAUCCCUCUUGUAAUUGAACAUUGUCACAUAGUCUUCUUUGUAAAUGAAGAAAAGUAUGCUGUUCUUUAGAAAUGUUUUAUCUAAUAAACUAAGGCCACUUUAACAAAUAUAAAAGGGGAAUAUCCAAUUAACUCCUCUAGCUGAUGUAGUGAUGGAAUGGCAGAACAGGCACAAUGGUGGUUAUCAUGCUAUCAGCAGAGUGGGAAAGAAUUCUUUAGGGUUGAACAUGGAAUAAUUAUUUGUACACUACAUCUGAAUUUACAGAGUUUCCACAAGCAGAAGAACAAUAUCACUCUUUCUUCUUCUUCUUUCACAUUCAAUGAGUGCCAAGGUUGAGUUUAUUCACUAUGGACACAAACAUGCUCUAACAUUUUUCUGGUCUGUUUUCAUAACGUGGCCUUUCUCGGUUCCCUCACCCAUUCCCAAGGCAGCCUUGAAUCAUUGUUAAUGGUACUCACUAGAGUGUGGUUAUCAUAUCUCUCUUAUCUUGAAAGGGCUUUGCAGGGGAUACAACCUGGCUGAGUAUUUUGUCAGCAAGGUGACCCAUGUCUGCUUGUUGACCUUAGGCUCAUACUAGCAUGCAUUCUUUCCCUAAUUACCAGGAACUGUCUUCAAGGGCUGUUGUGCUUUGGACAGCAGAACAGUCUGGUUCUUUAAAAUUGGGUUCCCCACAUCCCCAUUUCUUCCAGAUCUCUGAGCCAAUCCGUCAUUCAGCUUCUUGGAGCACUCUUAAACAGCAGCUAGCUUAUAGUAGUGGCAGGAGGGGAGGUACUGCAGGAUAGCUGGCAUUGCAGGAUAGCUAUCUAUCUGUGCUGCUUCAUGGUACAGUCCCUCUCAUAUCUCUGAAUUGUCAUUCAGGGAGGCUGCUUUAGAACACUUUUUUUCUGAGAUAAUUCAAUCUGCCGAUGAUAGCUCACAUGCUAUCAUCAGUGAACAUCUACUAGAACUGAACAUGAGCUCAGUUCUUCCAGAAUAGCACUAAAUCUGUCUCCAGUUUCAUUCAGAUAUGGGUUUAGCAGACAACAGCACUAAACUCAUCUCUAAAAAGGAAUCUAUCUUCUGUCACUUCCUUUUCAAAAGCACAGAGACAAAACACUUAGUAGUCUGACCACUAUCAAAUUUGCCUCCUUCCCAGUCUUAGCCCACAUUGACUUUCACAGGGAAUUCCAACAAUGCCUGCCUUAAUGUGUCUUGUACAUUGUGAAUAAGUGUCAGCCAUCUGAGGUAGAUCAGAUCAGAAAACAAAUCACCACAAGAACACUAGAACUCUAUUUUAUUUAGACCAUAAUAAUAGAAUCUUGAAAGCCUGAUAUAAUUUAUCUUUCCUUCCCUCUUAUAUUGAAGAGUGUCCAGGUAGGCCAGUCCCAAGGUUCUCUCUCAGACGCUACUGUUUAUCUGGGCUUUAUUCCUGUACAGUAAGGGCAGUUUCAUUUGUUGCCAUCACACCUGUAUCAAAAUAGGAAUUGCUAUUAAGGAUGGCAGAUUGUAUGCCAGUACAAAGACAAAUUGUCACACUUCGACCAUGAGUAAGAACCCUAAACAAGCUAUGGACAGAAUAAUUCUCAGAAUGGAGUUAUCACAAAUUAGGAAAAUUAAUUCAAUUAAUUAAUGUUAAUACUAUUUUAUUUUUAUUUUGUGAAAGGCCAUUUAUUUAUUUUCCUUCACAAGCUACAGGGAAGCAGAUAAGAAAUUGUUUUUGAAUACAGCAAAUCAAUUGUGUUCUGACAACUAAAAUCUGACCAGGAUUUCUCUUGAGCUGGUCAGAUUUGCAGUGUUUAAUGAAAUGUCAAUUGUUCCUUUUAAUCUCACCAUAUUUUCAUGUAUAACAAAGUAGCACCUACUCAUGCUCUAGCCUAAAGCAUUCACUUCAAGUUGAAGUACCUUGUUUCAAAAACUAUAUUACUAACUAUCAUACAGUUCAUUUGGAUACCCACAUUCCUUUUUCUUCCUACUUCAGUUUAAGUAUGAAGGUUAAAUAGAUUUGGGAAUUACCUGAUGUUUGGCUUCCAUACUAUUACACACAAGUAAUGUCCUAGUUAAAUUAACUUAGUCUUGAAAUUGAAUGAGUUCACUAUGAUGAUUAGGACUUGACUUUUUCUUAUCCUUGCCCUAAAAUGGUAAGCUUGAAUGAGAUUUUAUAGCCUGUCUGGAUCCCAACAUUUAUCCACCUGACUCAGAAAAUCUUCCCCACCCUUCAUUUUCAGUAUGUGAUUUAUGCUUCUCAUAUAGGAGAAGAUACAGUUGCCUUGGCGUGAAACUAAUGCCUAUUAUGAUUAACAAUUUCUAAAAAGAAGUGCAAAGAGAUUUCUUACAAAUAAUGUCAACUAUCACGCUGCUAUUGUCCAUGGCUGCAUUUGUUAAUUAAAAGCAAGGUAUCAGGAAACAGAACACUGUUGAUUAAUGCAUGACUUGGGUGCCCAAAAAAAUCAUGGCAUCUUAAAUGUCUCAAAGGUGCUUUUUCAAAAGAUAACUGGACUAUGUUCCUUUCUUGAGGAAGACAUUUUGCCCUCUCACCCAAGAAACUUCUUCAGUUCCGAUUGUCAGGACUGAAGAAGCUCUUGGAUGAGAGAUAAAAUGUCCUCUUCAAGAAAAAAAAAACCUAGUCCAGUUGCCUUUUGAAAAAAACACCCUUUUGAGAUCACCAUCACCUGGAUGACUGAGAAUCUCCAUAGGCAUGUUAUCAUAUUAGCACUACCAAGAGUCUGCAUCUCGAGAGAAGUCCCAGCUGCAAUAUCUGUAAUUGGAAAAUGGGCAUAAAAGUAAUAUUAUUAAUAUUAUAAACAUGUAUUAAAAUCUUAAUUUUAAUAACUCAAUGUUGCUUUUUCAUAAGAUUUGGCACUUUCUAAUAACUAACAAUUGUUUGUUGCAUCUCACUUAUGGCAACUGCGAAUUCCCUAGAGUGGAGGCGUGUAAUGUAUGAACUUGGAAGCUACUGAUUUCAACAAUAAUAAGGAACAUUUGUAUGUUACAAUCCUUUUGUAAUUAUUUCCCCCACUCAAGGCCACACAGGUAGAACAGCUAUGCUAUUACUGGCAAGAGGGGAAUACCAGUAUUUUUAAUCAAUUUCCUCCAUUUUAGUGGGAUUUUUAAAAACCUGUAUAGGUGUGCUAUAACUGUCAAAGCUGUGCAAACCCUUAGCUACUAAUUUGUGACGGCACUACUUGGUUUGUUGUUCAGACUGGGGAGAGGACAGAGUGUUAGAAAGUCCACAAAGCCUACAGUUUCUCCAAUCCAAGCUAAAACUGGAAAAUUUUAAAACAGUAUUAACAUCUGUUUCUAUAUAUUUAAAGUGCCAGUUCCACUUUUACAGUAUUGUAUGGGUAAAUAGAAAUAUAAAUUAUUAUAUGCAUCAACAUAUUUUUCAAAUUCUUAAUAUACUAGGACAAUCAAAUUUGAAAAACAAAAUACCAUAUGAAUUUAAUUUUCCAAGGAAUAUUUUAUAAAUGGUUGAUGUUUGUGCCCACUUUUAUCUUUUUAUUGUCAUUGUAUUUUAUAAUUUUUAACUGACUUGUGGGGACUGGAUGAGUGAGUGACUGUGUAUGCAUGAGGGGACUGGGAGAGCAACCAGGUGCCUCCUCCACUGAGUGCCAUUGCAGAAGUGGUAGGGGGCCCAGGCUUAUCUCCCGUCCGAGAAUGUUUGAGAUUAAUGGCCUG